CUAUGAUUUAUACUAAAAAAGUAUUAAGUAAAAAUACAGUUUUAGCGCGCAAAGAUUUUUGCUAUCUCUAUUUAUUUAUAUUUUUGUGAAAUUUUUGUAUUAUUUUAUUGAUUUACGUUAAAAAUAAGGCUAUAUCAUUGCCUUUUCAGAAAUUAAUUAACAAAUAAACUGUUGCCAUAUAAAAUAUGGUUAGUGCUAUUUAAUGUCGUUCAUUCUAACAUUUCCGAUUUUGAAGAAAUCGCAGACCUAGAACUGUUUUUUGGAAUGUUAUACGCAUGCGUUACUUUCAUGUUAUUUCAAACAACAUUAAAUUUUCAAAACCUCGUGGCGCACGUUAAGAAUCCAAUAAUUAAGCUGAGAUGUCGUCAGAAGAGUCAGAGCCAACUCGCUCAAGAUCACGUGGAUCAAAUAAAAAAUUGAAGAAAAGGGAAGAGGUUUCUUCGUCAGAAGAGUCGGAGCCGACUCGCUUAAGAUCAUGUGGAUCAAAGAAAAAAUUGAAGAAAAGGGAAGAGGUUUCUUCGUCAGAAGAGUCGGAGCCGACUUGCUUAAGAUCAUGUGGAUCAAAGAAAAAAUUGAAGAAAAGGGAAGAGGUUUCGUCGUCAGAAUCGGAGCCGACUCGAUCAAGAUCUAGUGGAUCAAAGAAAACUGUAGAAAAAAUGCUGCUUCAGUUAAUGGAACUGCAAAAAGAUACCUUACUACGUGUGAAGCAAUUAGAAGAAGAUAAAGAUACGUUUUCUUCACAAGCCACAAACGAUUUGUCCUACGAUGGCUAUUGUAUUUACCGUCGACGGCAUCGUGGGCCCACUUCCUACAGCACCUACAGGAAGUGGGUCAACAAUAACGGAGUUGACAACUCCUCCUUUAAUUGGAAGGGAAGAAUGAGAGGAGGCGGCAGAGGUCGGGGUGGGUGGCAUAAUCAUAAAAAUUUUAACUUAUUUAAACUUUAAAUAUAUUGUAAAUAAA